GGUUCACUUCUAGGUGUCGAGGUUGAUGUUAGCGGAAGAUCCUAUAGCACUCAGCUCAUCACAAUGGAAGAUACAAUAGACAUGGAGAAAGUGAUCAAAGCUGAGGGACGCUUUCUCAAAUGCCAGAUCUACACUUUAAAAGUUCCGCAGGUUGAUGGAGGCUCCACUCUCUCAAUUAAGAUCAGUUGGUCUCAGAAAUUGUCAUAUCAUGAUGGCAAGUUUGGCAUCAAUGUACCUUUUAGUUUUCCAGCUUAUGUCAAUCCUGUUGGAAAGACAAAUUCCAAAAGAGAAAAGAUUUUGUUGAAAGUGAACUCUGGUACUGGCAGAGAAAUUAUAUACAAAAGUACCAGCCACCCUCUAAAGGAACAAACACGUCAAGCUAGUAAAGUAAGUUUCGUAUAUGAAGCUGAAGUACCAGCAUGGUCGAAUGCAGACUUCACUUUCUCAUACACUGUUAAUUCAACUGACUUCUUUGGUGGUGUGCUCUUGCAAUCUCCAUUUCUGCGCGAUUUUGAUCAAAGAGAAAUGUUUUGCUUCUAUCUUUUCCCUGGAAAUAUCCAGAGUAGGAAGGUUUUCAGAAAGGAAGUGGUAUUUCUUAUUGAUAUAAGUGGCAGCAUGUCGGGAGACCCUCUUGAGAAUGCAAAGAUUGCACUAGUGGCAUCACUCUCCAAGCUCAACCCUAAAGAUGCUUUUAACAUAGUAGCUUUUAAUGGGGAGCUACUCUUAUUCUCACCAUCAAUGAAGCUGGCAACCAAGGAAGCAAUCUCAGAUGCUACAGACUGGGUCGGUGAAAGAUUAAUUGCAAACGGUGGUACAAACAUUUUGCUUCCCCUAAAUCAGGCAAUGAAGUUGUUGGCCGAGACUACUGAUUCAAUUCCACUCAUUUUCCUCAUUACUGAUGGUUCUGUUGAAGAUGAAAAGGAGAUUUGCAAUAGUAUGAAAGGCUACCUUGGAAGCGGGCAAUCAAUUUGUCCCCGCAUAUGUACUUUUGGCAUAGGUUCAUUUUGCAACCAUUACUUCCUGCAAAUGCUAGCACACAUUGGGAGGGGUCACUAUCUUGCUGCUUAUGAUGCAGGUACAAUUGAUUUCCAAAUACAAAGAUUAUUCACGUGUGCUUCGUCAGUCAUUUUUGCCAACAUAAAGGUGGAUGCUUUAGAACAUCUUGAUUCACUUGAGUUGUUUCCGUCUCAUAUUCCAGACCUUUCAUCUGGAAGUCCAUUGAUUGUGUCAGGCAGAUAUGAUGGAAACUUUCCAGACUCUGUCAAAAUUAGUGGUACCUUGGCAGAUAUGAGCAAUUUCACAAUAGAAUUGAAAGUGCAAAGAGCUAAGGAUGUGCCGCUUGACAGAGUACUUGCAAGGCGGCAUAUUGAUAUACUCACAGCUUGUGCAUGGUUGCUGGGAACUAAAGAACCGGAGGAGAGGGUUGCCAAAAUGAGCAUACAAACUGGGGUUCCAUGUGAGUACACUCGCAUGGUUUUGGCUCAGACUAAUAAAGGGGAGAAAGCACCUGAACCGAUUUUGAUACAACAGGUAUACAACAAACUAAAACUGCUGAAGAAGGUGGAGUCGGAGGGCCAGAAGAUUAUAUUCCUGGGAAAACUAGGCCUGGGAUUUGGUAACUUGGCUGCAACGGCAAAGAAUAUUCCAAUAGGAGCUGAAGAGGACAAGCCACCUGAUCCUGCAGAUCUGUUGCUUAAGGCUGCUUCCAACUGUUGUGGUCGAUUGCUUGACCGCUGCUGUUGCAUGUGCUUCAUCCAGUCUUGUACAUAUGUGAAUGACCAAUGUGCAAUUAUCUUCACACAGAUCUGCACUGCCCUUGCUUGUUUUGAGUGUCUGAAUUGCUGUUAUGAGCUCUGUUAAUGUAUGUAAUGAAAUAUGUAAAGGUCGUCAAAACAAAAAUGUACGAUAUAAGUUAUUGUGUACGAGAAUGUUUUAUAUGGGCAGUGUAAGUGUUGUCAUCUAAUGAUCAAUUGAUAUUCUUUUUUUUU